CGAGACCUCUCCAGGGCGUUAGUACCCCAGCACGCUUUGCUUGUCCAUCGCGGGCUGUACGCCAAAUAGGUUGGAGAUGCAGACAACGGACCGGCACUCAGUCGAGCUCCCCAACCAUAGCCCCCAAGUCGGGAGGUUGUAUAGUACCUGACGCAGUCGAUUUCAUCCCAAGGAUUCUCAGGGCUGGAUGCUACACAGGGCAUUGUCUGCCCUAAGAUCGGGAGAUACUAGCUUCUGGAGUCAAGGUACAUGUACCUUGAGCCGUUCCGUCGACCCUUGGCACUCCCAGAUUCCUGGAACGGAAAGGGUCAAAGACGGGCCAUAUUCGCACCCGGUUCCGGCAUGGCGUCAGCAUUGGAAUACACGGGUACACACAACACAACCCAGCUUGGUUUCGGUUCUGUUCGCCCGCUUCCCCGCCCCCGCUCUACGGGCCGUUGAGAUCGACACAGGAGAAGUGCCAAUGUCGCAGUGCUCAGCUCCGAACCCUGGUUUUGAUGGGCCGGGUCAAAAGUAUCUUACCUUGCUUACCCACAGCUUCUCAACUUUUUCGAGUCUUCAAUCCCGCCUUCCCCCUUGCGCUUACGGGUUGACUUCCUACCUUUCCACUGUCUUGAGCCCCGUGGUGCGAUUGGGUUCAAAUUGCAUAGCCUGCUGUGCCAGACACUUGGGAGGGAGCUUCAAAAUGUGAUCAGUCAUACUUACCCAUACCCGAAAUUCGUUCCCUUUUGAGAUGAUUCCCACACCAACUGGAAUGGUGUAAGCCCCUCGGUCCGCGCCCAGCAGCAGCUCGACAUGUCCGGUCCUGGUUCCCGCUUUGGUCCCGGUGGCCACUACCACCGCCAGCAUGGUGCCUAUACCACCGAUACUUCCUAUAUGCAAUCAGCCACGGCACCCCAGAGAAGCGCGGUAGGUGGUGCCACAGACCACCCAGC